GAGAGAGAAAGUGAGAGGUGUGAGGGUUGAAUUUGUCUUUUUCGCAAGUUCUUCUCUGUUCAACGCAGAAGAGAGAGAAACAGGAGAACUCUCUCUCUCCUCUGAAACCUGAAGACGAUAUUUUUUUGGGAGAGAGAAAGAAAAAUUAGGGUUUCGUUUUUGGAAUCACAAUGAAUGUCAUGCGUCGCCUCAAGAGCAUUGCUUCUGGUCGCUCUUCUGUUUCGGAUCCUGGUGGGGAUUCUGGCAUAAAAAGGGUCAAGGUUGACCAAGAAACAGAUCAGAAGGUUACUGGUGAAUCACAAUCCAUGGAGAAAUGUUUCACCGGUCCAGAGCAGCAUAUGGCUUCUACAUCUCUGGAAACUGCCACAAGCUCAUCCCAUGUAUCUUCUAUUGCUAAAACUGACAAAUCUGGUUAUGAUGAGCUUCCCAAAGAAAUGCAUGAAAUGAAAAUCAGAGAUGAUAAAACUGAUAACUAUGAUGAUAAGGAAAUGGAAACUGCUAUUGUUAGUGGUAGUGGAACAGAAACAGGUCAGAUAAUUUCCACAACAAUAGGUGGUCGAAAUGGACAACAAAAACAGACAAUCUCAUACAUGGCAGAGCGUGUGGUUGGCACUGGUUCAUUUGGCGUCGUCUAUCAGGCAAAAUGCCUGGAAACCGGUGAAACUGUCGCAAUAAAGAAGGUGCUGCAGGAUAAGCGAUACAAAAACAGAGAACUCCAGAUUAUGCGCUUGCUUGACCAUCCUAAUGUUGUUCAACUAAAGCACUGUUUCUUUUCAACUACUGAAAAAGAUGAGGUGUACCUAAAUCUUGCUUUAGAAUAUGUAUCCGAAACUGUCCACCGAGUCUCAAGACACUAUAGCAGGAUUAGCCAAUAUAUGCCUAUUAUUUAUGUACAGCUGUAUACAUACCAGAUUUGUCGUGCUCUUAAUUACAUCCACAAUGUUAUUGGUGUAUGUCAUCGUGAUAUCAAACCACAGAAUCUGUUGGUUAAUUCCCACACCCACCAGCUAAAACUAUGCGAUUUUGGGAGUGCAAAGAUGUUGGUGCCUGGUGAACCCAACAUAUCAUAUAUUUGCUCGCGCUAUUAUAGGGCUCCAGAACUGAUCUUUGGGGCUUCAGAAUAUACAACUGCAAUUGAUAUGUGGUCUGUUGGUUGUGUUUUGGCUGAACUACUUCUGGGACAGCCGCUGUUUCCGGGGGAAAGUGGGGUUGACCAGCUGGUGGAAAUUAUUAAGAUUCUGGGGACACCUACCAGAGAGGAAAUUAAGUGCAUGAAUCCAAAUUACACCGAAUUUAAGUUUCCUCAGAUUAAAGCUCACCCAUGGCACAAGCUAUUUCACAAGCGAAUGCCACCUGAAGCAGUGGAUCUUGUAUCAAGGAUGCUCCAGUAUUCACCAAAUCUACGUUGCACUGCUUUGGAGGCUUGUGCGCACUCCUUUUUUGACGAUUUGAGGGAUCCAAAUGUAAGCUUGCCAAACGAUCGGCCCCUUCCUCCUCUAUUCAACUUCACACCUCAAGAGCUCUCUGGUGCUUCUCCUGAGCUUUGUGAACGUCUCAUUCCCGAGCAUGCAAAGAAAUGAAGUUGUGAAACAGGCAAAGAUUUUGCAUCUGGAGGCAAAUGAUCAAACGGGUUUUUGGAUUGCUUAGUUCCCCACAUGAGACAUGCUACAAAUGCCGAACUAGUCUGUUGAGGCACACCAUCGUGGCCUUCCACAGAGCGGUUUUGAUGAAAUUGAGUGACUUAAAAAAUGAGUUUAUGGGGAUGCAGGUUGCUCAGUAAGGUGGUCUUCACAAAGGAUGUGUCGGCAGAGUUGCGAAGCGCAUGGAGUGGAGCUGCUCGGCGAUGAGGUUCCAACACUCGCUCGAUAUAUUUUCAAUGUGUUAUUGUUUUAUGCUUUUGACUGUUACAGAUGAGUUGUCACAGUUGUCAUUCUCUGUAAUGUAGUAGUUACGUAUCCAGUUAGUGUAUACUGGUUUGUUGACAUUUUGGUGUUGAAUGAGUGCGAGUUUGUCAUGGCCUAACCCCUUUGAAAUACUA